UUCCGGCGCCGCUCCUCCGCCGGGGCCUCACAAGAUGGCGGCGCCCGCGGCGAGGGACCUGGCGGGGAAACUGAGCCACAGACAGUACCGAGCCGCCCUGAAGAAGGAGAAGCGCAAGAAACGGCGACAGGAACUCGCUAGGCUCAGGGACUCAGGCUUCGCAGAAAAAGAUGAGGAAAAUUCCGUGGCUGAAGAUGAAGAACUGGAAGAAGAGAAAAAAUUAGAAGCUGAAAGGCAAAAAUUACAUGAGGAGUGGUUGCUGAGGGAACAAAAGGCUCAAGAGGAAUUCAGACUGAAGAAGGAGAAAGAGGAGGCAGCAAAAAGACGUCAAGAAGAAGAGGAGAGAAGAAUCAAGGAAGAAUGGGAAGAACAACAAAGAAAAGAGAGAGAGGAAGAGGAACAGAAACUACAGAAGAAGAGAGACAGAGAGGAAGCUGUGCAGAAGAUGCUGGAUCAGGCUGAAAGUCAGCUGGAAAACGGAGUCACGUGGCAUAAUCCGGAACCACCAGCAGAUGUACGGAUAACGGAGAAAGAUCGAGCUAAUUGUCCAUUCUACAUUAAAACAGGAUCUUGCAGAUUUGGAGACAGGUGUUCCCGUAAGCAUAACUACCCAACCCUGAGCCCAACACUCCUCAUCAGAAGUAUGUUUAUAACAUUUGGAAUGGAGCAGUGCAGGAGGGAUGACUAUGACACUGAUGCAAGUCUGGAGUACAGUGAGGAAGAAACGUAUCAACAAUUCUUAGACUUCUAUGAGGAUGUGCUUCCUGAAUUCAAGAAUGUGGGAAAGGUUAUUCAGUUCAAGGUCAGCUGCAACUUUGAGCCUCAUCUGCGGGGCAAUGUGUAUGUUCAAUAUCAGUCGGAAGAAGAGUGUCAGGAAGCCUUCUCUCUGUUCAAUGGGAGGUGGUAUGCAGGACGACAGCUUCAGUGUGAAUUCUGCCCCGUCACCCGCUGGAAAAUGGCUAUUUGUGGUUUAUUUGAAAGGCAAAAGUGCCCCAGGGGGAAGCACUGUAACUUUCUUCAUGUGUUCAGAAAUCCCAACAACGAGUUCUGGGAAGCUAAUAGGGACAUCCACAUGUCCCCGGACCGGACUAGUCAAUCCUUUGGCAGAAGCUCGGAGAGGAGGGACCGGCCGAGCCACUACGAAGACUAUCACGGAAGGUCAAGGAGACGACGCAGCCCCAGUCCCGAUUAUUCUUAUAAAAGAAAUGGGGAGUCGGAGAGAAAGAAGCGAAGCAGCCACAGGAGUAGCAAGUAUCAUAAGAGCUCCUCAAGAAGCAGUGACAAGAGAAGUUCGCACAGCAGAGGGAGAAAGAGGGAUCGCAGCCGCAGCAGAAGCCGAAGGAGCCAGAGCAGGAGCCCAUCCAGGUCCAGGAGUCGGGGCAGGAGGAGGUCAGCCAGCAGAGAGAGGAACCCGCAGAGUCCCAAAUCCAAGUAAAAACCUCUUGUAUUUGCAGAGAAUUAUUUGUCACCACUUUUUAUCAUCCUGGGCUGCUAAAAGCCUUAACCGUCCACACAGUAAAAACCUCAAACCUAGUAGUCAGAUCUCCCCUCGCCCUGCCCCCGCCAAAAUUCCACCGGAAUAGUGAAAAUCCUCAGGGUAUUAUGGACCCAAAGAUGGGUGGCAUUUCACAGUAUCCGAACGACAGAGGUCUGUUUGGCACCGGCUUUGCCGAGGCGGCACGUGUGGGGUCGUAACUCUGCAUUUGGGCUAAAGGAAUAAAUUGUAUCAAUUUCACUGGCUGUUGAAUAUACUCCUUGAAGGAGCGGUGAUAGCAUACAGUUGACUAGAGCAGAGGAGAGAGAACCGUGGUGAAGGAUAGGAUUGCCCUGCAGCCUACAGUUAUACUUGGGAGGAUGUUCUAUCAGUGCUCCCGGCUGGGAAAAAGCAAGGCUGCUUAGGGAAGAGCAUUCUCAUACCAGGGGCUGCCUUGUAUCCUUCUGGUAAACUUCCACUGGCUGGGAAAUAGCCCCUUGGGGUCUCACAGUAGAUUGAAUACGGGGAAGUAUUUACAAAAUGAUGCCGGAGGUCAGGUGACAUGAGCUGUUUCUAUUCAGAGGCAAACAACAGUAUCAGAGAUACCAUCACUAAUAUCCAUUAUUUUGAGUGCAGAAUAGAAAGUAAUUGCAAAAACAUUCCACUGCUCGCCAUUACUCUUCGAGAGUGUUUUGAGUCAUCAGUCUAGGGCCAACUAUUGCGAGACCCAGAAAUCAUGUAUAAUAGUUUCCCUUUUCAUAGUGGAAUGUCAUUAUGUUAGUUUGAAAAUGGUUGCAAAUAACUUUGAGAGGCGAGGCUUUUGGAAGUACAUAAUUUUGCUGUUAAGAUGAAGUGUAAUAUUCUGGAAAUCGGCAGUGCUCCCAGGCUUGGGAUUUACUACUGCACUUGCCCUGGGCCAGCUUUUAAGUCUAAAACUCCUAUGAAAGGAGCUUGGGCUUAAGAGACGAUUAAAUCAGAUAUUUUGAGGCGGUGGCACACGCUCUCCAGUGAAAGCAAUUCUCCGGACAGUACGGUAGCCAAGUCCUUUGAAGUCCCAUCGUGAAUGUGGAUCACCCAAGGGCCUGAGUGGCUGCAUCAGGGACAGUGUAGGUUUUGGGGGGGAUCUGAUGGAAUGAUGUCCGAUGGCCUGCUCCCACUCAACACGUGAAACUCUUCCGCUGCAGAGUGGAAAACUAGGGUGUACAGUUAAUAUUUAUUUUGUAAAGUUGUAAAGAGUUGCUGGGGAUGUCAGUUCUACAUGUUGUAUUUUUAAUAAAGCCAGAAAGACCAUUGA